AUGGAAGACAUCCUGCCGCUCGUCCGCACGGCCAAGCUUCCCAGCCCCGUGCUCAAGCCGGCGGUUCCCCGCGAGGACAGCGCCUCCGCCGAGAGUGUCGUGCAGCAGCAGGAUGCAGCGCCGGGCAGCCCGCGCCUUGCCCCCUACCAGGCCCUGCCCGUCACCAAGAGCACCAUCAUCACCCACAAUAUCACCCCCGCGCUGCCGGUGCUGGAGCCUGGCGAGCUGGACAAAGAGGAGCUGGAGGCUCGCAUCAACAAGGUGAUCGACGACUACAAGGAGAAGCUGCAGCUGCGCACCGACCACCACAUGGGCUACCCCUACAACCUGGACUUUGACUACGGGCCUCUGGAGGGCCUGCAGAAGUACUGCAUCAACAACCUGGGGGACCCAUUCAUCGAGUCAAACUACGGCGUCCACUCGCGCGAGUUUGAGAUCGGCGUGCUGCAGUGGUUUGCGCGGCUGUGGGAGAUUGAGGUGGACGACUUCUGGGGAUACAUCACCAACUGUGGCACAGAGGGCAACCUGCACGGCAUCCUGGUGGGGCGCGAGGCGCUGCCGGACGGCAUCCUGUACGCCUCGCGCGAGACGCACUACUCCAUCUUCAAGGCGGGACGCAUGUACCGCAUGGAUGCCGUCAAGGUGGGCACCCUGGACAGCGGCGAGAUCGACUACGACGAGCUGCAGGGCCACCUGGCCGCCAACGCCGCCCGCCCCGCCAUCAUCAACAUCAACAUCGGCACCACGGUCAAGGGCGCGGUGGACGACCUGGACCGCGAGACUGGCUACACCGAGGACCGCUUCUUCAUCCACUGCGACGGCGCGCUGUUUGGCAUGAUGAUCCCCUUUGUCAAGCGCGCCCCCAUGGUGACGUUCAAGAAGCCCAUCGGAUCCAUCUCGGUGUCGGGCCACAAGUUUGUGGGGUCCCCCGUGCCCUGCGGCGUCGUCAUGACGCGCCUGAGGUACAUCAAGGGCGUCAGCAGCGAUGUGGAGUACUUGAACAGCAGGGACGCCACCAUCAUGGGCUCCCGCAACGGGCACGCGCCCAUCUACAUGUGGUACACCUUCACCCGCAAGGGCUACGAGGGCCUGCGCAAGGAUGUGGAGAAGUGCCUGCGCAAUGCGCACCUGCUCAAGUCGAUGCUGGACACGGCCGGCGUUCGCACGAUGCUGAACGAGCUGUCCAGCACGGUGGUGUUUGAGCGGCCGCGGGAGGAGUCGUUUGUGCGCAAGUGGCAGCUGGCGUGCGAGGGCGACAUUGCGCACGUCGUGGUUAUGCCCAACAUCACCAUCCGCAAGCUGGAGACGUUUGUGCAGGAGCUGGUGGAGUCGAGGGCGCGCGUGUCGGUGGCCGAGGCGCUGAAGCUGGCGGAGGAUGCGCGGGCGCAUGCCGGCGAUGAGGAGUGA